UGGGGCCUUGAUUAUUUGGGGGCUUACCCUAGAACCGCCCUUCGGUCUCGUCACUUCAUCCGAAGGAACAUGGAGAAUGAGGUGAUCGAGUUUGAUAUAGGCUUAGGAGGUGGGGGUGGGAGUGAAGACGGGGAUGGAGAUGAUGUUCUUGACGAGGAGAAUGUAGCCAGCUGCUUUGCAGCAGUCCGAAGUUACUCUCCCCAAGGGGACCUCGAUCUUGAACCUUAUGAGGGCAUGGAAUUUGAAUCUGAGGAGGCUGCCAAGGCGUUUUACAACUCGUAUGCACGCCGUGUUGGCUUCAGCACCCGUGUCAGCUCAUCUCGCCGCUCCAGGAAGGAUGGAGCCAUCAUUCAGAGGUCUUUUGUCUGUGCCAAAGAAGGAUUCCGCAAUUUGAACGAGAAGCGUACCAAGGAUAGAGAAAUUAAGCGACCACGUACUAUCACUCGGGUUGGCUGCAAGGCCGCCCUCUCUGUCAAGAUACAGGACUCUGGUAAGUGGGUUGUCUCUAGCUUUGUCAAGGAGCACAAUCACGAGCUGGUCCCCCCUGAUCAGGUACACUGUCUCCGCUCCCAUCGUCAAAUCUCUGGUCCUGCCAAGACCCUAAUUGAUACCUUGCAGGCUGCUGGCAUGGGUCCCCGCAGGAUCAUGUCUGCCCUCAUUAAAGAGUAUGGUGGUAUUAGCAAAGUUGGUUUCACAGAGGUAGAUUGUCGUAACUACAUGCGCAACAAUCGCCAGAGGAGCCUAGAAGGAGACAUACAACUCCUCUUAGAUUACCUGAAACAAAUGCAUUCCCAGAACCCUGGAUUCUUCUAUGCAGUUCAGGGUGAUGAGGAUCAGUGCACAGGGAAUGUCUUCUGGGCCGACUCUAAGGCAAGAGCAAAUUAUAGCUAUUUUGGUGAUACUGUUACAUUUGACACAACUUAUAGGUCAAAUAGGUACCGGUUACCCUUUGCACCCUUUACUGGAGUAAAUCAUCACGGACAACCUGUUCUGUUUGGCUGUGCUUUCCUAAUAAAUGAAUCGGAAGCCUCAUUUAUAUGGCUUUUUAAGACAUGGUUUGCAGCUAUGACUGGUCAACCACCUUUGUCAAUGACAACAGACCAUGAUGCUGUAAUUCGGUCUGCCCUCAUGCAGGUUUUCCCUGAGACCCGUCACCGUUUCUGCAAAUGGCACAUCUUCAAGAAAUGCCAGGAAAAAUUGUCACAUGUCUUCCUUGAGCACCCAAAUUUUGAAGCAGACUUCCACAAGUGUGUUAAUUUGUCAGAGUCUACUGAGGAAUUUGAAUCCUGCUGGCUGUCUCUUGUUGACAAGUACGAGCUCAGGGAUCACGACUGGCUUCAAGCGAUUUAUUUAGAUCGUAGACAGUGGGUCCCUGUAUAUCUCCAUGACGCAUUUUUUGCAGAAAUGUCCAUAACUCAACGUAGCGAUAGCAUGAACUCAUAUUUUGAUGGUUAUGUGAAUGCGUCGACUAAUCUAAAUCAGUUCUUCAAAUUGUAUGAAAAAGCCGUGGAGAGCCGUACAGAGAAAGAAGUCAAAGCUGAUUACGAUACAAUGAAUACGUUCCCAGUUUUGAAGACUCCAUCUCCAAUGGAGAAACAAGCAUCCGAGGUCUAUACAAGAAAGUUAUUUAUGAGAUUUCAGGAGGAGUUGGUUGGCACUCUAACUUUCAUGGCCAACAAAGUUGAGGACGAUGGACUAGUUACCACUUAUCAAGUUGCAAAAUUUGGGGACGACCACAGAGCUUACUAUGUAAGAUUUAGUGUUUUGGAAAUGAAAGCUACUUGUAGCUGCCAGAUGUUCCAGUUCUCUGGUCUUCUUUGCCGACACAUUUUAGCAGUGUUCAGAGUGACAAAUGUUCUGACUCUUCCUUCUCAUUACAUCCUCAAAAGAUGGAGCCGGAGCGCAAAGAGCAGCAUUGCAUUGGACGAUCGUGUUUCUGAUGUAAUCAAUUAUUAUUUGGAAUCACAUACUGUUCGAUAUAACAUACUGAGACAUGAAGCAUUUAAAUUUGUGGAGGAAGGGGCUGAGUCUGUUGACUCUUAUGCUGUGGCAAUGGCGGCUCUAGAAGUGGCUUUAAAAAAAAUUGCCCUAGCAGCAAAGCAUGAUGGGAGGAUCUCUUUAGUAAAUGGGCAUUGUAGAGAAUACUUGACUAGAAAUGGGGUCCAUGCAAAUUACAACAUUGAAGAUGAACAGAGAAGUCUUGCAUGUCCACUCUCUGAGGAUGACAUGGAUGCGAAGAUCCAAGAACUUUCUUAUCAACUGGAUUGUGCCAAUCGGAAAUGUGAAAUUUAUCGUGCAAACCUUUAUUCAGUUUUGAAGGAUAUAGAGGACCAUAAGCAACAACUAUCAAUUAAAGUCCAAAACAUAAAGCUUAGCUUGAAGGAUGGUCUCUGAAUUUCUCCUGUUGUGGUAUAUGUUCUGUAAUCCUGUACAUAGUUGGUCCUUCAAUUUUUAUUGUACACAAGAAUCUUCCUGGAAUUCUUUUCUAAGGAAAUCACCAUGUGCUCAUUUGGCAGGUGUAGCAUGUAGCGUUCUGUCCAAUAUCUUUAAAGUUGGCAGCACUUCAUCUCUAACCUAGUCUCUGAAUUUCUCCUGUUGUGGUAUAUGUUCUGUAAUCCUGUACAUAGUUGGUCCUUCGAUUUUUAUUGUAUACAAGAAUGAAGAAUCUUCCUGGAAUUCUUUUCUAAGGAAAUCACCGUGUGCUCA